AUGGAGCCAGUACUAGAAGUAAAAAUUGGCUGCCUCUUUGCCAUGCUGGUUGUCACGCUGGUCUGUGGCCUUAUUCCCAUCUGCUUCAAAUGUUUCCAGAUUGAGACAUUCAAAGGUAUAGCCCUUCUCCUCCUGAGCUGCGUUUCUGCAGGCGUUUUCCUGGGAGCAGGUUUCAUGCACAUGACUGUUGAAGCCCUGGAGAAUAUUGAAUUCGAGAUCCGGCAGCUCCGGGUGAAGAACAGUGGAGGAAAUUCUUCUGGAGAUCCUAAUUCAGCUUCUAAGGAAUAUUCCUAUGGAGGGCUCAUCAUCUCCCUGGGCUUCUUCUUUGUCUUCUCUUUGGAGUCGCUGGCAUUGCAGUGCUGUCCUGAAACCAUUGGAAAACCAAAAGUGCAGGAGGAGGAAGUGAGUGAGGCUCACAUCCAUGGAUUCCACAGCCACAGACCCUCAUCUUUACCCUCACUCUCGCGGAAGCCCUUUCGAGCCCUCAUUCUCUUGCUCUCACUCUCCUUCCACUCAGUGUUUGAAGGUCUGGCUGUUGGGCUACAGACAACAGUACCAACUACCGUGCAGCUCUGUCUUGCUGUCCUGGCUCACAAGGGGCCCGUGGUGUUUAGUGUAGGACUGCGGCUGGUGCAGAUAGGCACUGCACCACGAUGGGCCAUGUUCUGCAUACUGUCAUUUGCUCUCAUGUCCCCCCUGGGCAUAGCCUUGGGGCUGGCUGUGCCUACAGGGGAAUCAGAAGUGGGGCACAGCUUAGCCCAGGCUGUGUUAGAGGGUGUUGCAGCUGGUACCUUCCUGUAUGUCACCUUCCUAGAAAUUUUGCCCAGGGAGCUAGCUGCUCCUGAGGCCCCUAUGCUCAAGUGGGCCUGUGUAACCGUUGGUUUUGUCUUCAUGGCCUUAAUUGCCUUGUGGGCCUGA